UAUUGUCACACCAAUCAAAAACCCCUAAAACCCUAACACGCUAACAAUGAAAACCCUAAACCUCCAAAAUGGAACAAUCGCUCUGCAAUUUGUCACAACGAAAUCGAUUCUAACAAAGAGUUGAACUCCUAUAAACAUGGCUUCUGAGGGGGCCUCUUGUUAUUUGGGUCCUCGUUAUGUUUUUGCCCCGCCUGAUCCAACUUUGCCUAAACCCUGGAAGGGUUUACUUGAUAGGAGCUCAGGUAUGAUAUACUAUUGGAACACUGUAACUAAUAUCACUCAGUAUGAGAAACCUACUGCUCUGCCGCAACCGGUGCCGUUUACGCCUGAACCCGUGUUUGUACCGGGUACUAGGAGAGAAAAGCAAAAUGGGAUUCCUGAUCAACAAAAAUAUCAGAUGUUUUCGACACCGGAAAAACAAAUGCUACCACGGCAAGGAAAUGACGUACUUCAACCAUAUCGGGGUGGUAAUUUGGAACACUCACAGAGCUAUCAGUUUACACAUAAUCAGCUGAUGCACUACAUGGGGUGCCAACAGUGGUCACCUGAUAUGAUGCAGUCACCUCAGCAGUUACAGCGGUUUUCUCAGCCACAAGAUCACAGUGAUGCAUUCUCCCAGAGAAAAGAUGGUCCACUUGUUCAAAAUCAACCUUCAGAUGGUAAACCUGUUCAAACACCACCUGCAAAAAAGGGCCCACUGUUUCAAAAUCAGCCUUCAGAUGUUAAACCUGUUCAAACACCGGCUGCAAAAAAAGGCCCACAUGUUCAAAAUCAACCUUUAGAUGUCAAUCCCGUUCAUACACCGCCUGCAAAAAAGGGCCCAUUUGUUCAAAACCAACCUUCAGAUGUUAAUCUUGUUCAAAAACCGACUCCAAACAAGGGCCCGCUUGUUCAAAAUCAACCUUCAGAUGUUAAUCCUGUUCAAACACCGCCUGCAAAAAAGGGCCCACUUGUUCAAAAUCAACCUUCAGAUGUUGAUCAUGUUCAAACACCGCCUGCACAAACUGGUCCACUUGUUCAAAAUAAACCUUCGGAUGAUAAUCCUGUUCAGACACCGCCUACGCAAGAUCGUCCACCUGUUCAAAGUCAACCUUCAGCGGUUAAUCCUGUUCAAACACCGCCUACACAUAAUGGUCCACUUGUUCCAAAUCAACCUUCAGAUGUUAAUCCUAUUCAAACACCGCCUACACAAAAUGGUGGUUCUCAGUCCGACAUGCAACAACCAGAGCCGUUUGGUCAAUUGCAGCAUAGCGGUGCUGACUGUCAGGCUGAAAUGCCAAAUGUUCCACCAGUAGGAUUGGAAACAGGCUUUGAGGAUAAUCCACCUGGUAAAGGCGGGAAUGAUCCCCAUUUUGAUGCUGAUAAUGGUGGGCUUGAUAUGGUCCCUCAUCAACCUAAGCUUGCAACACUUCCAAUGGCAAAAAUUCAUCCGGAGAUGAACUCUGGAGAUCUUGUGCAUCAAAACAUUUCACCUACUCUCCCUGGUGGACCCACCUCACAUAACAAGUAUGUGGAAGCUGAUGGUGGCCCCACAUUAAUAAAUAAUGCAAAUUCAGCAGUUAUGGCCUCUCCAGAUGCGAUGACUCUAUCAUCUGUCGACAUUUACCGUAAAAAAUAUGACAUAAUAGCAACGGGUGAUAAUGUUCCAGCUCCAUUCAUGUCAUUUGAGUCCACUGGAUUUCCUGCUGAGUUAUUGAGCGAGAUAUAUGCAGCCGGUUUUGCGUCGCCUACACCUAUUCAGGCACAAACAUGGCCUCUUGCCCUACAAAAUAGGGAUAUAGUGGCAAUUGCAAAGACAGGCUCUGGUAAAACAUUAGGCUACCUUAUACCUGCUUUCAUGCUGCUUAGACGCUGUAACAACAAUCCCCAAAAUGGGCCCACGGUUGUUGUUUUAGCUCCCACUAGAGAACUUGCUACACAAAUACAAAAUGAGGCCAUCAAGUUUGGCCAAUUUGUCAGAAUCUCUUGCACAUGUUUGUAUGGUGGGGCUCCUAACGGCCCACAAUUGAAGGACUUAGAACGAGGAGCACAUAUUGUUGUUGCAAGUCCAGGUCGACUUAGUGAUAUACUUGAAAUGAAGAAGCUUGACUUACGUCACGUUUCGCUUCUUGUGAUUGAUGAGGCUGAUAGGAUGCUUGACAUGGGCUUCGAACCUCAAAUAAGGAAGAUUGUCAAUAAAAUACCUCAUCAAAGGCAAACCCUAAUGUAUAGUGCCACUUGGCCCAAAGAAGUGAGGAAAGUAGCUAGUGAUCUUCUGGUCAAUCCUGUUCAGGUCAACAUUGGUAAUGCAGAUGAGCUUGCUGCAAACAAGUCUAUUACACAGGUCAAAAUUGGCAAUGCAGAUGAGCUUGCUGCAAACAAGUCUAUUACACAGUAUGUGGAAGUGGUCCCUCACAUGGAGAAGCAGAGGCGUGUGGAGCAGAUUCUGAGAUCAGAAGAAAGGGGUUCCAAAAAUAUCAUUUUUUGUUCAACUAAAAAGUUAUGUGAUCAGCUUACACGUAGUAUUAGUCGUAAUUUCGGGGCUGCUGCCAUCCAUGGAGACAAAUCUCAGGGUGAGAGAGACUCGGUUCUCAGUCAGUUCCAUUCCGGAAAGUCCCCAGUAUUAGUUGUUACUGAUGGUGCUGCACGUGACCUUGACAUCAAGGACGUAAGGGUGGUGAUUAAUUAUGAUUUCCCGGAUGGUGUGGAGGACUACGUCCAUCGAACAGGGCUAACCAGAAAGGCAGGGGCAAAAGGGGCUGUUUACACUUUCUUUUCUGAACAGGAUUGGAAACAUGCUGCUGAUCUUAUUAAAGUUCUUGAGGAAGCCAAUCAGCCUGUGCCACAUGAGGUGCGAGAGAUUGCAAGGCGUGGUGGCCCUGGUUUUGGGAAGGACGGGGGUGUUAUGUGCCACUUCGAUUUUGGGCGAGUGGGUGGGCAUUGGGAUUUUGGUGGUCGUCGUGGUUUUGUUGUCAUGAAGGAUGAUGUUUUUAGGGGAUGUGGUGUUAACUCGAGGGAUCUGGGUUUUGGUGGCAGUGGUGGUCCUGGUAGAGGUGACGUGAGGGGUGGCAGAUUUGGUGGUCGUGAUGGCGGAUUUGGAGGCCGUGGUGGAAUGAGAGACGGUGGUGGGGGAAGAGGCGGCAACUUUGGUGGUCGUGGUGGAAUAGGUGGCAACGUUGGUGGUCGUGGUGGAAGAGGUGGCAACUUUGGUGGUCAUGGUGGAAUGAGCCAUGGUGGUGGAGGAAGGGAUGGCGACUUUGGUGGUUGUGGUAGUCGUAAAGGUGUUGGAUUUGGUGGACCAAAUGGCGGUUGGGAUGGACACAGUAGAGGGCAGUUUGAUAACAGUAGAGAUGGUGACCGUAGCAGGGGAAGAAGCUAUAGUCGUAGCCGCAGCCGAAGUAGAAGCUGGAGUAGGAUGUACAGCCGUAGCAGUAGUCGUAGCCGUAGCUGGUCACGGAGUCGAAGUCACACACCUGUAAGGCGUGAAAGAAGUCUAGGAAGAAGCUAUAGCCAGGGUAGAAGCUGGAGCAGUGGCCGUAGCUGGUCACACAGCCGUAGCCCCAGGCGGAGCCGAAACUGAAGCCGCACACCUGUAAGGGGUGGAAGACGCUGGGAAUGUAGAUUUGAUAACAGAAGAAACAGUGAUCGUAGCAGGGGAAGAAGCUAUAGCUGGAGCAGGAGUGGUAGUCGUAGCCGUAGCCGUAGCCGUAGCUGGUCACGCAGUCUUAGCUCCAGGCGGAGCCAAAGCCGUACACCUGUAAGGUGUGAUAGGCGCUGGGAAUCUAGAUUAGAUAGCAGAAGAGAUGGUGACCGUAGCAGGGGAAAAAGGUAUGGCCGGAGGCGAAGCUUCAGCCGCAGCUGGAGCCGGAGUGGUAGUCGUAGCCGUAGCCGAAGUAGGACACCUGUAAGGCGCGUAAGACGUAGGGAAUCUAAAUUUGAUCAGAAAGAAGCAGACCUGCCUGUUCCUUCAAAAGCUGAAGAUGGACCUUCACGGGGUGGUAAGGAAAACUGUAAAUGAAAUUAGUGAUAUAAGUUUAUUUAUGUAGCUCUUGGCUCCUUGGUUAGAGGUUGUCUUUAUGUAGCAUGGGAAUUGGGAACCCCCACUUAACAAGUUAACAUGAGUAGAAUUGUUCAUA